CUUUGGUCACAAAUAUAGUGUGAAAUUAUUAACUUUGUGCAUGCAGAAUGCAGCCCCAAGCUAGGGUGCUCCCGGUGUUACUCUUACUGACUGCGUCUUGCGCAGACAAGCCGCUUCAUCCGAAACCCGGAACAAUUCCGUUGACACCAGAACAAUUAAAGCAGCAGCCGAAAUUCAUCGCCACUCACCGUCAUCGGGCUGUCGGUGAGAUUCCGGAAUGCUUCGAUGCCCGGGAGGAAUGGUCGCAGUGUAAAAGCAUCUCGGAUAUCCGUGACCAAGCACACUGCGGCAGUUGUUGGGCUGUGGCAUCCGCCAGCGUGUUGUCCGACCGGAUUUGCAUAUGCGAAUUAGCGGCCGGUAAAGAACCCAGCCAGACAUACGCAUCGGCGUCAUAUAUUGCCAGCUGCAGUUUCGAUCGCGCCAAUAAAAGCGGCCACGAUAACUGUGAUACUGCGGGUUAUCCGUCGGACUUCUUUCGCUGGGCUGCCACACGCGGUUAUAUAACCGGAGGCAAUUACCACAGCCAAAAGGGUUGUCAGCCAUACCCAUUCGUCCCAUUACAGUUAACGUGUGCGCCCACCUGCACCAAUCCAGAGUACGACAAAAAGACAGUUGUCGAAGACACCGCUUACAUUGACAGUUACUACGUCAGCCCUCUGGCGAUCUCGUCUGGUCAAGAGGCCCGAAGUCAAGAAAGAAUUGAUGCUCAAGUUCUCCGCAUACAAACAGACAUUUUAGUCAACGGCCCAGUUGUCGCUUAUGUAUAUUUGUACAAAAGUUGGUAUAAAUGGAACCCGAAAGCAGGGAACUGCGUCGUAAAAGUCAGUGUAGACGGCACCGGUCAGAUAUCUCUACUCGAAAAACCGGUACCCAUUGGCAAGAUUUUCGUCGCCGCUCCAGCUGGACCAAUUUCAUUCGAUCAAGCAGGCGUCUGCACCCCAGUGGACGGUUCACCCAAAUUUGACUGUUCUGUCGCCACAGCUACCGGCACCGCAUCCGCUUCCACCGUGGUGGGCAAAGAUUACUGGGAACUAAGCCACUAUUUUGCUAACAAAUCCCUUUGA